CCUAACGCAUUUCUCUUCUUUCAUUCACUUGCUUCAUCCCAUCCAUCUCCUAUUUUACCUACGAAUUGUGCAAAACUCCUGCUAGUUUCUUCUUCUAGUGUUAAAUCUUUAUCUUGCAGUCGUCUGCUUUUACUCGUAUCUAAUGGAACAUAAACACGUGAGAUCUGAAUGCUAUAUUUACUACGUGUAUGUUGUAUAAUCCUCAUAAACUACAUUGAAUUAGGAGUACCCAUUGUUCGGUGAAUUCUUAGUCAUUUUUAUUUCUGGUCGGCGGAUGCCUCUCUGGAAAUUUUGCUCCCUUGGAAAAGAAAACGGUUUCAUACCCUUUUCCGUACUGUUAGGUCCCUCAACCUCAAUAGUUCAACAAGCUGUUUUACGAAUUUUAUAUUUCACUUCACAGUUCAGACCCCUGGACGCUGGUCUAUUGUUUUGGUUUUGUUAACAGAAUAGCCUAAUGGAAGUCCAAUAACCAAGGUCAUCAGUGAAGCCCAAUAGUAUUAGAUCCGCGUCUUCAGAAGAUGCUAUAACAUAUUAGGAUAACGAUACCUAAGAUAUUGUGUAUUGUGCACUUGCUGAAUAUUUUUGUUAGAUCUGUUUAUCAUCACGUGAACCAAGAGCCAAACCAUAGCACCUCAUGAGAAGGUAAAGCCAAAAAACAAGGAUUAGUCUGAGGUUGAAGCAAGGAAUUACUGUGACAUGGAUGCAACCAUUGUUUUAAUGCUCAUAGAAGCUGUAUUGAUUUUGCUGGCAAUAGCAAUUUCUAAAGCUAUCAGAUUAAUCUCUCCACUUCAUGCUACCCAUCCUAUUUCUGUUGAUGAUAGUGGUAAGGAUGUUGUUGAUGAUCCGAUUCCCACAGUUUCUUCUCCUUCUCAUAUCAUUGAUGCUCCUCUUGCAACCAAGUAUGACGUCUUUCUUAACUUUAGAGGGGAAGACACGCAUGACAACUUCACAAGUUAUCUCUAUGAAGCACUUUGCGAUGCAAACAUUCAUACUUUUAUGGAUCACAAGCUCCACAAAGGAGAUAACAUCUCACCAAUUCUUUUGGAAACAAUAGAGGAAUCAGAGAUAUCUUUGAUUAUUUUCUCUAAAGAUUAUGCCUCUUCAACAUGGUGUAUGGAUGAACUCGUUCAUAUUAUGAAAUGUCGGGAUAAAUACAAAAGGGAUGUCAUACCUAUUUUCUACCACGUUGAUCCAUCAAAUAUUCGCAAACAAGAAGGGAGUUUUGGAGAUGGAUUUGCUAAGCUUAAGCAAAGAUUUAAGCACAACGAAGAAAAAGUGCAGGAGUGGAAAAAAGCUUUGAACCAAUCAACAAAUCUCUCUGGAUGGGAUUCAAAGAAUUUCAGGACUGAACCCAAACUCAUCAAAAAGAUUGUGAAAGAUAUUCUGAGCAAAUUGAAUAGCAAGCCGUCCUUUCAUCUAGAAGGAUUAGUUGGGAUUAGUCAUCAAAUCCAGAAAAUUGAAGAGCUACUCGAUGAAGCUCGCAUUGUGGGAAUAUGGGGUAUGGGAGGUAUGGGUAAGACUACUCUUGCUAGAGCUGUAUUCCACAAGUUGAAAGCACAGUUUAACGCUCUCUCCUUUGUUGAAAAUGUAAGAAAACAACAAGGAAUAAUUGGGUUUGACAGAUUACAACAAGAAUGUCUCAAAGAAUUAAUAAAAGAUGAGGACAUUAAUGUCUUUGACAUAAAAUCCACUUUUGUAAGAAAUAGGCUUCGACGCAAAAAAAUUCUUCUGAUACUUGAUGAUGUGGACAAUUCAAUACCAGCUGAGGAUUUAACUAAAGUGUAUCAUUGGUUUGGAGAAGGAAGUAGAAUUAUUCUCACAUCAAGAGACAUGCAAGUACUUCAAAAUGCUUUUGCAUUUUCAAUAUACUCUGUCCCAAGAUUGGAUUUCCAUGACGCCCUUCAUCUUUUUAGUUUGAAAGCAUUCAAGCAAAAUGAGCCAUUUAAAAGUUAUGUGGAGCUAUCAAAAUCAGUAGUGGAUUAUUGUCAAGGAAAUCCUUUUGCCCUUGUAAAGUUGGGUUCUUUUCUUCAGGGCAGAGGAAAAGAAGAAUGGGAAAGUUCUUUGGAAAAAAUAGAAGAAACUCCACCCAAUUACAUUAUUGAUGUUCUGAAAUUGAGUUUUGAUGGACUUGAUAGGGACCAGAAGAAUAUGUUUCUUGACAUAGCAUUUUUCAUCAAGGAAAAAGUUGAUGUUUCUUUGGACCUAAUAGGACAAUUAUAUGGCUCUUCUGUAGAUAUUGACGUAAAUGUUCUUAAAGACAGAUCCCUCACUUCAUUUGAUCACAAUGGCUAUAUUGAAAUGCAUAAUCUUGUGAGGGACAUGGGCGUUGAAAUUGCUAGACAACAGUCAUUUUCUAAUCCUAAAGGCUCUGUUCGACUGCGAAGUCAUAGGGACAUCUAUGAUUUUUUCAUUUGUAACAAGGUGACUGAGUCUAUUCGAUGCUUGUCAUUGGACAUGAGCAAGAUAAAAAGGAUUCCAUUGACAAUUAAUGACCUUCGAAAGAUGCAUAAUUUAAUAUUUCUAAAAUUUUAUUGGUCUGAUGGGAGAGGGCCUUCAAAGUUGCUUAUGGGUAAAGACAUGAGUUAUCUUCCAGGUGAACUAAUUCAAGGUUGUUAGUUGGGAAGAAUAUCCUUCACCAUAUGUGCCAUUAAGCUUCUUGUGUGGAGAAUCUUGUUGAGCUUCAAAUUCCUAGUAGUCAUAUAAGGCAACUUUGGAAAGGAGAUCAAGUACGUACUCCUAUAUGUCUCAAGCCCCCAGAUCUUGAAUGCUUAAAUAUUGAUGGCUGUGUAAGUUUGGAUCAAAUCCAUUCUUCAAACUGUCCUAGUAAGCUUACCUAUUUGCGUCUUAGAGAUGAUGGGCCAAAGCGAAUAAACAUCGGUGGCACUAUUAAAGGGAGAAGUUGCACUGACAAUGAUAUUGUGCACUAUUAUAUGGAUCUUCA